UCAAUUACAGCUGAUCAUCAGAUCUGCGCUGUUCAUGUGUUCACAUGAUGGAUCUGAUGGAUUGUGGCGGAGUGAUUCUAACUGCGUUUCAUUCAUUCAAUAUUCACGGGGAUGAACAGAAAUACACCCCGGACAACAGAAAAGCGCAAUAUCAGCAUAUAGGCAGCAUGAGUUUGCCCAGGGCCAUGACCUCCUCGACCCCGGAGCGCUCCGUGUCACGUGACUCUCGUGAGUGUAUGGAGGACUACUGGAGUGAGAUGAAGACCAUCGAGGAGGACUUUCAGGGAGGACACGAGGAGAUGAUGGAGAGAGGGAGUGUGGAUGAGGCAGAGCUUGAGGAGGCGUGGCUACAGGAGGCGGGUCUCUCCACACUGAUGUUGGGGACUCAGAGCGACGGUCCCACGGAGGCACUUCUCUCAACACUCACACGCUCACAGGCCGCCAUGGUGAAGAAACGGCUGGAUAACUACACGCAGACCCUGCGCAAGAGAAACAGACAGCCAAUGAGACACGUGCGAGACGUAUUCUCCACGCCUGACACAUCGUCGGCUGAACUGACGCCUUCUGUUUCUCCAAACGGACAGAUCGCACCCAAACUGCCUCAGUGGAAUCCUCCUAAAGUUCCUCAGUCGUGUCCGCUCUUCAAUCCAGCUGAAAGUAAUGGAUCAGGUGGCGGUUCAGAGACAAUCGUAUUAUCGUUGGAGGUGGCGUAUUCAGAGAGCGUGCGAGCGCAUCGGAAAGGCCGCGAAUGCCAAGACUGCAGGAGGAUCCGUAGAGAUGACAGGGAUUUACCUAGUUUUCAGAUAGUGAAGUCCAGACAGGGUGUGACGCGAGUGAACGAUCUGUCAUCCGACGACAUUAAGAAGAUCGGCUACAUCUCACUGAUCGAGCUCACCACCUUCUACGACAUCCUGGGUAUCGAGAUGAAGAGGAACCGUGUGGUGCGCACUAAAGUACGAGAGAGCGGAAUAUUCGGAGUUCCUCUCACCAUACUGCUGGAGAACGACCAGAAGAAGUUUCCUGGAUCCAGAGUUCCACUAGUUUUCAAGAAGUUGUUGUCUAAACUGGAGCAGACUGGUUUACAGACUGAAGGAAUUCUCCGGGUUCCGGGAUCUGCGUCUCGAGUGAAGCACUUGCGUCAGGAGCUGGAUCUAAAGUUUUAUGAGGAUCGUUUCGACUGGGAUCAGGUGCGUCAGAACGAUGCGGCCGGUCUGUUGAAGAUGUUCAUACGGGAGUUACCGUAUCCGUUACUGACACAACAACACAUGCCCGCGUUCAGCGCCGCUCAGAAUAUCUCUUCACCUAAACAUCAGAUUCAGGCUCUUCAUCUACUCAUCAUGCUGCUUCCUGAAGCCAACAGAGACACGCUGAAGGCUUUUCUGGAGUUCCUCAGAAAGGUGGUGGCGUUCGAGGAGAAGAACCGCAUGAGUUUGUGGAACGUCUCCAUGAUCGUCGCUCCAAACCUCUUCACCUUCCGCGGGAAAAACGCCAAACUGGAGGAGAUGCAGGGUGCGGUCGGCGUGGCACACCUGGUGCGUCUGCUCAUCACCCAUCAGGACCUGCUGUGGACGGUUCCGUGUUUCCUCAUCUCUCACGUCAGAAAGAUGAACGAAGCGGCUGCAGGGAAGAAAACUCCGACAUCAGAGAAAACCAAACGUAGAUUACUGAGACGCUGGAACACGGAGAAAGACAGAGACCGCAGUGAGGUCACGGAUCUUCGUGACGGCGUCAUCAGAGUGCAUGCCCCGCUUCAUGCGAAGGUUUCCAUGGCGAUUCAGCUGAACAGCGAGAUGAAGGCGAGAGACGUGACGGCGCGAUUUGAAAUUGAGAACGGUCGAGGUUCACGCAGCGCCAGUCGACGACAGAAACAGUCUCUGUUUGAGGUGGGAGGAAACAUCGGGGAGCGUUGCUUGGACCCAGACACAUAUUUACUGGAUGUUUACCGUGUUAAUCCUCAAUGUGAAUGGGUCUUAAAAUCACGACCAACCUGAAGACGGCCACAGCGGAGCUCUGAACGUUUACUGGAGAACCUAAAUGUCAAAGGUCAUGAACCCAGAGACCAUGAUGACGUUACUGGGGCUAAGGAGACCCUUUACAAGCCCUAAAUAAACCACUUAUGAAGGACUGCUGGAGGUCAGAGGUCAAACAUCAGACCAGAGGUGAUGCUGCUGCCCUCCUCGCAUCACUAUAGAUGGAGCUUUACACCUUCUCCCUCCAAAAACGUCUCGUUUCCUGUAUGCAGAACUCUUGAAUGAAGUCCUGAAGGUUUGUGGUGCGCGACACUGACAGUUCAGUGCGGGUCAUUGAGUUUGUUUGGUGCCAAAAACUGUGUGUGACCUUCACGAACAGGAACCCUCCGAUGAGGACGAGUGUGUGUGAGAAUGCAUGUUUCAUCACUUUAUAAAAAAAAAAAGCAUGUACAUAAACUAUUUAUACCACUAAUUUAUCCGGCUGUAUCAUAACCAUUUUGUAUUGUUUAUAUACGCUGCAUGUUUGCAUUGAAGCCAUGUGAACUUAUAAACUCAAACACUACACGAGUGAAUCUAACGAAAUCUGUCCAGGUCAUAUUUCACACCAAAAUCAAAAGAAAGAAAAAAAAAAUUACGUUUUGCAUAAAGAAAGAUGUCUUUUUCUAAGACCAUAAUUAUUUUUUUGGAUUGUGACAUUAUUUUCAUGACAAUGAAGAACAUUUCUUCCAAAUUCUCAUUACUGUAAUGCUAAAAAUAAUUAUAUAUUAUUUCAGUUGUGAAGUAUUUAUAUAUCAUGGUCGUAUUUGUUGUACUAGCUUUAAUUUAUAUUGAUAUAAAUACAAAUAAUCAUUGAAAUACAGUUAUGUAUUGUUAUACUGUAAAAAAAAAAAAAUACUGUACAUAAAUGAGAAUCUAAUGAGAAUGAGAAUUAAAAACCAGAAGUAACGUCCAGACAGACAUAUUAGAGAUGUUGUUGUUUUUUUUUUUAAUUACAUUGAUUAUAAAUUUGGGAAACAUUAUUAAUUGUCAUGCUAAUAAUGUCAAAUAAUCUUAAUGGCCCCAAAAAGUGCUUCAUUUUCUUUGUAAAAAAAAAAAUAAUAUAUACAUAUAUAUAUUUCACAAAGAAAAUAAAGCACUUUUUGGGGUUUUGGUUUAGAGUGAAAUAUAAUUUCUUAUUUUUUUCUUUUGAUUUUGGGGUGAAAUAUAUAUAUAUAUAUGUAUAUAUAAUUUUUUUUUAUUUUAUUUUUUUAUUAUUUUGGGGUGAAAUAUAAUUUCUUUUAUUUUUUAUUUUCAUUUUGGGGUGAAAUAUAAUUUUAUAUUUUUUCUUUUGAUUUUGGGGUGAAAUAUAAUUUCUUAUUUUUUUCUUUUGAUUUUGGGGUGAAAUAUAUAUAUAUAUAUGUAUAUAUAAUUUUUUUUAUUUUAUUUUUUUAUUAUUUUG